AUGUCUUCAACAUCAUCAAAUCAGGCUCCAGGAGGGUUAAGAAGUGCAGUUAAAAGAAAAACUACAGCAGAUAAAAAAGCUCAAACAUCAAAUGCUACACCAUUAAGUACAAGAUCAGCAGGUGCUGGUGGUUCAUCUUCAACAAUGAUGAAAUUAUUUACAGAUGAAGCUCAAGGUUUAAGAGUUGAUCCAUUAGUUGUAUUAUUUUUAGCUGUUGGAUUCAUAUUUUCAGUUAUAAUUUUACAUGUUUUUGCAAAAAUUACUGGUAAAUUUACUGCUUAA